UAUCGUCACGAAUGUCUGACCACCACCCCCCCUCUCCACGAGGUGCUUGACGUCAUUCAUGGACGGCCCCCCUAGGGCACAGCAGAUGAAGUGGAGGAGAAUUAAUGCUCAUCACAACAACUGUCAACAACUGCAGUUCGUGGCCUAAACGUGUGCACAGAUGGCAGCAGCUGCAGCACCAUUGGGUGGAGUUCAAACGCACAGCCUGGACCCCCGCCUUGAAGACUGUCCUCGUGAGACGGUAUCCAGAGCCACUGUGGUGGGAAUGUGGGAUGAAUCAUCAACGGUAAAAGGCCUCAAGCUGAGAAUCCACAACCAACAAUUCACCUUCAAAGCAGGCCAGUGGGUGGACUUCUAUGCCCCUGGCAUAGCUGAGAUGACAGGGUUUUCCUUCUGCUCAAAUCCUGAGCAAAUGGAGAGUGAAAGCAUCUUCGAGUUGGCAGUCAAGGAUAGCGUGGAUAAUCCAGCACAUUGGGUGCACACACAGUGCAAAGUUGGGGUGGAAGUGACAGUCCGAGUUGGUGGAGAUUUCUAUUUUGAUCCCCGGCCGUCCGACCCUCCUGUCAAUCUGCUGCUGGUGGCAGGAGGUGUGGGGAUAAACCCAUUACGCUCCAUUCUGAUGCACUGUGUGCACCUCAUGCGGCAGCGGGUCCUCACUCAAGCUGGAUACCAGCUGGGGAAGAUCCAUCUGAUCUUCACUGCAAGGACGAUCAGCGAGCUGAUAUUCAAGGACUGGCUGCUGUCCUUGGUGCAAGAGUUCCCAGGGAAAAUGUCCCUCCGGUUCCACAUCACGCGGUGCAAAUCCCCAGUAACGGAGGACCUGAAGCCCUAUACUACAGUGGGGAGGAUCACUGGACAAGACCUGCUGCAGGCAUCGCAAGGCAGCCCCCACUGCUUUGUCUGCGGCCCCUCAUCCAUGUACGACUUUGUGACGGAUGCACUGGGAGGUGCAGGGAUUCCUAAGGAUAAAAUCUUUUAUGAAAAGUGGCAGUAAGUUGGAGGCACCCAAAGAGCUGCUUGAAAAAAUACGUACAAAAUUAAUUCCACGCCUUUGUUUAUAAUCUUUUCAUCUACAGCACUUUAAUGGCUUCGUAAGGUCGUUAAUGUUGUAAGAUGUGUUACUCCUGCUUAUAAGAUGAGAGAUCAAUCAGAAUUAGUGUCUCUUUUGUAAAUGCAAAGCAUCUUGCCAGUAAAUGUUUACGUGAUUCACUGUUUUCUUGAUUUAAUUGCCACUGUUUCAUUACAUAUUGAUGAUCAACAACAUUAUUGUUCUGGUAAAUAUUGACAGCUCAUUUGUAAAUACAUUACCUACCAGCAAUGGAUUGCUCAUGGCUGUUGAUCAGUUAUAUGAAAUGUUAUUUUGACCUUGUGAGUUCUAGGGUAUGCAUAUUGCAAUGCUAAUCAUUGGAGUGGAACCGUGGCUCUUGAGUAUACUGUGCUGUGAACCCGGCGACUUGAGUCAGAUUUGCUGAUUAAAUGAACUACAGGAAA